UUCUGGGAAAUCGUAUUCCGCGAACGACAAGCAAAUAGGUUUUGUUCGACUGUUUUCGAGAAAAGUUUGCUUUCCUGUUCGUUGGUGAAAUUAUUUGAAAGAAAAUUGCUAUGGAAAUGAAAGGAAAACUGAUCAACAUCUAUCUUUUUAACUGCGAUAAUACUUGUAGUUUGGACCCGAUAGAAUCCUUGUUUCUUACUGUGCAAAAAGAUGCGAAGAUGCGGUUUGCUGUAGGCAAGCGCAAUUUUCGGCUGCACGAAAUGACACAAAUGUGCGAGACAGUUAUUCCCGGACUACAAAUGGAUUUUGCUAUUUUUGCUGUCAAUGCCCAUGAAUCACGGCUCUCAAUCAACGAAGACAACGCUGGAAUUGGUUACGCAAAGAUCUACAGAGCGUUACUGAAAGCGACUGGAGGCAAGGUUUUGAUAGUCAUCGGUGGAGACAGCAACUACAAAGAUUCAGACGAGGAAGACAGAUAUGUGAUCUCGCGUUGGGCACGGAGAAAAGUGGCUUCGCAGUUCGGGGAGGAAUAUCUUGACGGAAGACAGAGCUUCAUCUUUUCCUGGAACAUGAAACACAGGGAAAUCCAUGAGCAAGCAUUGCUGCAUUACUUCGAUCCGAGCAAAACAGGAAAGAAGUUUGAAUACCAGCCGAAACCAAAGCCACAACCAAAGCUACAACCAAUGCCACAACCAAAGCCACCAUUAGGGAUGGAGAAUGCCACUGAUUCAGUGCCAUUUACCACUGGUAAGAGAGACACGAAAAUUGACUUGGAAGAACCAGGUCCGUAUCCAGUCCCGUCGUACUACCCAGAGGGCACAGUUCUGCUACAUACUCGGCUCCGCUACGGGAGGAUCUCUUUCGAGGUCGGUGACGUUAAGACUUGGGACCGAGCCUGGAUGCCGUCUGAAAAGAUUGUGCAGGAUCUAGUCCGAGAAUGGGGGAAAGAAGUUGAAGUUAAUGUGCAGUUCAUAUCCACUGGUUCCGGUGGUGUCACGUACACUGUUUCUAGGGCUCCGCCGGAAGAUGGGGGGAGUUGUAGAUCAUCAUUGAUCGCUAUAACUUUGUUAUGCGUGGCCGGGCUUGUCAUUUUUGGUAUUUGGAGGUUAACUCUAGUUUAUAACCAACCAAGAAUGCCUGAUCAGCGGGUUGAACUGCCAAGAACCCCAGGAAAAUUUUAGUCUACAUUAAGAACAGUACACAGAAAAAUGAAUGUUUUCUUCUCCUAGCUAGAUAACUUAACCUACCAAAAAGACUUAAACUUAGAGAAGUCUUAGAGAAGAUUAGGUCAGAUAUGCAAAGAGUCUGAUUUGUCAAUUACUUCCCACCUUCGUAACUCACUUCAUUCGAAAUUAUUAAGUUGUAUGGGGGUUGACUGGUAGAAUAGUUCAACAAGGUAUUCGUGCGAGCACAAACCAGAUAUACCUACUAAUCUGGAUUGGGAAUCCAUGCAGUUUUUCUUUCAGGUUUAUAAAUCAGCUACAGGUAACAGUCUUGGAUGGUCUAGCAACCCAUCCAAGGAUAAGUAAUACUCCUCAUCGCAUCAUGCCAUGGAAACUGUGAUGAACUCCUGUAGAAUUGGCCAUAAAGCUUGUAAACUGCCUGUUUUUCGAUAUUUUGUUUUACGACUUCAAUGCUGUAGGGUAUUUUUUUUCCACUUUGUAAACGCGCACUUUAACUUGUAGUUGCGAGAGCAACUAGUUAUUGUGAAUUUGUUAUGGUACACAAACGCUUCAAUUAGAAUUAGAGAAAGUGACUUUUGUUUUGUGAAGUCGAAACCAGCAAUCAGUUGAUUUCUUCAUGGGAUAAGUCACGGAAGUUAUACAGUAACUGUAACUACUAGUUGAUAUAUCUAUAUUGGAUUUUACAUUGAAUAAAGAAUCGUUGUUUGUUGUUUAAAAAAUA